UUUGAUGAUCGUUCGCUUUGUCCGAUAAGAACCUAUCAGUCUGUGUCAGUGGCUUGUAGACAGUACAUCGCAUAUUGUCAGUAAAAGUAGCAUUUUUUUCAGCUAGAAUGUCCCAAAAAGUACAACUGUUUCUUCUGCUAAGCUUGCUCAUCGCAUCCACCAGCGGAUUGUUCAUCAAUCCCUACGAAAAACUUUGGCCCCGUGAUGCACGAUUUGCAUCUUCACCAAACAAAGGUAACAAUGGUGACCCACUGCUACUGACACCGUACAUCGAGCAGGGACGCAUCGCGGAAGGUCAAAAGGCGGCACGGGUUGAGCACAGCCGCAUCCGUGGGUUCGAAUCGUACGCCGGCUUUCUCACCGUGGACAAGCGCUUCAACUCCAACCUCUACUUCUGGUACUUCCCGGCGAAAGCGAACCGCACCACGGCACCGCUCGUGCUCUGGCUGCAGGGCGGUCCGGGCGCUUCGUCCCUGUUCGGGCUGUUCGAGGAGAAUGGCCCGUUCCGUAUCACGGCCGACCUGCAGGCUGAAGAGCGACCGCACUCCUGGUACGAAAACCAUAAUCUGCUGUACAUCGACAAUCCGGUCGGGACGGGCUUUAGCUUCACCGACAGUGAGGCCGGGUACGCCCGCAACCAGGUGCAGAUCGGCGAAGAGCUGUACUCGGCUGUGGUGCAGUUUUUGAAGCUCUUCCCCGACCUGCAAACCCGUCCGUUCUACAUUACCGGCGAAUCGUACGCGGGCAAGUAUGUUCCCGCGCUGGGCUACACGAUUCAUCAGAAAAAUAGCAACUCAUCGAACCCCUGGGUGAAGCUGGCCGGUAUGGCGAUCGGCAACGGGUACAGCGAUCCGGUCAAUCAGCUCAACUACGGCGAGUACCUGUACCAGCUCGGACUGAUCGACGGCAAUGCGCUGGAACGGUUCGAGCAGGACGAGCAAGCGGUUGCGGCCUGCAUUGCCAAGGGCAACUAUCGCUGCGCGUUCGAGAUCAUGGACGAUCUGCUCGAUGGCGAUGCGAACGGCGGUGGUUCGUUCUUCCGCAACGUGAGCGGCUUCGAGACGUACUACAACUAUCUGCACACGGCCGAGGACCCGUCCGAUGCGGUGCCGCUGGUUGCGUUUCUAAAUCUCGACGAAACGAGACGCGCUCUGCACGUCGGCGACCAGCCGUUUCACGAUCUGGACGAAGCAAACCUGGUCGAACGGUACCUGGAGCAGGACGUGUUCGAGAGCGUCGCGCCGUGGAUAGCGGAGCUGCUGCAGCACUAUCGCAUCAUGUUCUACAACGGCCAGCUCGACAUUAUCUGCGCGUACCCGAUGAUGGUCAACUAUCUGCAAAUGCUGCAGUUCGACGGGGCCAACUACUAUCGCGGCGUGGCGCGCGGCACGCUCGAGUUUGACGGAGAAAUUGCCGCCUACUUUAAGCUGGCAUUCGGGCUGGUGGAAGUGUUGGUGCGCGAUGCGGGCCACAUGGUGCCGCGCGAUCAACCGAAAUGGGCCCACCGGCUGAUAACGGCGUUCACCCAUCCGGGCUCGGUGGUUGGGUUCGUUUAGCGAGAGAUCGUUUCGCUGUACGCCUUUCCUCAUUAACUGCUGGAGCAAUCUGUUGCCCAUUCAAUUAAAUCGUUUACAAACAAAAACAUGAUGUGUCUAAUGCUCCUCUCUUUCCCUAUAGUGCUUCACUUUCACUUCACGUAUUCGGGGGGCCGCACGUUCUUACCGUCCGGUUUGAAGCGUCCAAUAUCACCGCACCGUUCCCGAUAGCUGAGCACCUGACACUUUUGCCAAGGACCGAAAUAGCCACGAUCCUCUGCAGAAAGGCGAGAAGAAAAGAGCAAACAUAAUAAAGCAUUAGUACCGUACACCA